GCUCUUCCAGCAGCGACAGCGGCUCCAGCAGCAGCGGCGGCGGCGGCGGCGGAGACAGUGCUCGGCUACGGAGGAGAAGGCGCCCGGCGUCCAUGCCUCCGGCCCCGAGCCGCGGCUGCCUUGACCUGGCCGCGACCUCCCCGCGCGGGCCCCGCAGCCCCGGCUCCUGGGGUGCUCCCCAGGCGCGGCCCAGCCCCGCCACACCCCCCGCCCCCGGCCUCCGCAGCUCGGCAUGGGCGCGGGGGCGCUCGCCCUGGGCGCCUCCGAACCCUGCAACCUGUCGUCGGCCGCGCCGCUGCCCGACGGCGCGGCCACCGCGGCGCGGCUACUGGUGCUCGCGUCGCCCCCCUCCUCGCUGCUGCCUCCAGCCAGCCAGGGCUCAGCGCCGCCGUCGCAGCAGUGGACCGCGGGUAUGGGCCUACUGCUGGCGCUCAUCGUGCUGCUCAUCGUGGUGGGCAACGUGCUGGUGAUCGUGGCCAUCGCCAAGACCCCGCGGCUGCAGACGCUCACCAACCUUUUCAUCAUGUCCCUGGCCAGCGCUGACCUGGUUAUGGGACUGCUGGUGGUGCCUUUCGGGGCCACUAUCGUGGUGUGGGGCCGCUGGGAGUACGGCUCCUUCUUCUGCGAGCUCUGGACUUCGGUAGACGUGCUGUGUGUGACGGCCAGCAUCGAGACCCUGUGUGUCAUCGCCCUGGACCGCUACCUCGCCAUCACGUCGCCCUUUCGCUACCAGAGCUUGCUGACGCGCGCGCGAGCGCGGGCCCUCGUGUGCACAGUGUGGGCCAUCUCGGCGCUGGUCUCCUUCCUGCCCAUCCUCAUGCACUGGUGGCGGGCCGAGAGCGACGAAGCGCGCCGCUGCUACAACGACCCCAAGUGCUGCGAUUUCGUCACCAACCGGGCCUACGCCAUCGCCUCGUCCGUCGUCUCCUUCUACGUGCCCCUGUGCAUCAUGGCCUUCGUGUACCUGCGGGUGUUCCGCGAGGCCCAGAAACAGGUGAAGAAGAUCGACAGCUGCGAGCGCCGCUUCCUCGGCGGCCCGACCCGGCCGCCCUCGCCUGCGCCCUCGCCGUCGUCACCUGGGCCACCGCGCCCCGCGGACUCGCUGGCCAACGGGCGCUCCAGCAAGCGGCGGCCGUCGCGCCUCGUGGCUCUGCGCGAGCAGAAAGCGCUCAAGACACUGGGCAUCAUCAUGGGUGUGUUCACGCUCUGCUGGCUGCCCUUCUUCCUGGCCAACGUGGUGAAGGCUUUCCACCGCGACCUGGUGCCCGAUCGCCUCUUCGUCUUCUUCAACUGGCUGGGCUACGCCAACUCGGCCUUCAACCCCAUCAUCUACUGCCGCAGCCCCGACUUCCGCAAGGCUUUCCAGCGCCUGCUCUGCUGCGCGCGCCGGGCCGCCUGCAGACGCCGCGCAGCCCACGGGGACCGGCCGCGCGCCUCUGGCUGCCUGGCGAGGGCUGGGCCGCCGCCGUCCCCCGGAGCUCCCUCGGACGACGACGACGACGACGCCGGGGCCACCCCACCCGCGCGCCUGCUGGAGCCCUGGGCCGGCUGCAACGGCGGGACGACCACUGUGGACAGCGAUUCGAGCCUGGACGAGCCGGGGCGCCAGGGCUUCUCCUCUGAGUCCAAGGUGUAGAGGGCCAGGCUCUCUGGGCGCACGGACGCCGCUCCCCAUAGUCCCGGGCUGGACACGGGCUCUGCAUCCCUAGAGGAAGAGAGCCCGCCUGGGCGCCCUGAGCCGCUCCCCAGGGGAGAGAGGAGAUCUCUGUUUACUCAAGACCGAAAGCAGCCGGAUUCAAGGUAUUCCAGACAACUUAGGCACCCUUGAGAGCCCAUCUGCCGCACUUGAUGGAAGAAGGGAUUGUGUAUCUUCUGCAAAGGAAAGCCAGAGAGAGUGUGUUGGAGCCCGGUACCUCAGCAGCGACUUCUCACAGAAACACAGGCAGGAAGGAGUGGCCCACUGGACGAUGUCGCACACUUGAAAUAUGGAAAAUGUUCUACUGUGAAGAAAGACUGCAUUUGAAUGAUUCAGUGAUCGGUCGAUCCUAAGGUAGUGUUCCUCCAUAGGUGUACCCGGGAAAACCCGAGUCUCUUAGAAAGAUUCAAGACUUUGGCAUGUGCACAUUCUGGAUACAUCUGAUUGGUGACUACUCAGCCCAUGUGGGGUUCUCCAUAAAUCAAUGUAAAACCUCAGAAAGUGGGAUUGGAGGGACUGGAGUGCUAAAUCACUGGCCUGACAAGUAUUCAGCCCCACAUCUUGGCAGCCACUUCUUUUACAGAGACUAAAAUUCUGUGUGGAGUUUUGACUCCUGCUUGGUCUCAGAGGCGUCUGAAACUGACGGGCGAGUACUGUUCUGUUUCCAGAGCUUUACAGUGAGGGACGUGAAAAUCACUACCAAACCUUUGUUAGUUUUCUGUUUCAAAGUAAUUUUCUUAGUUAGUAUAUAUUAAUUACACAUACUAAUGGGUUUCAUUGUAAUAUCUUCACAAAUGUGUCAAAGGUAUUUUAAGUGUUUUCAAUGGAAACUUUUUUUCUCCUUUGAAAGUUUGCAUUUUUUUUUAAAAUUACAUUUAUUUAUUUUAGGGUGUGUGUGCCUGCUACGACACACCACGGGAAGGUCAGAGGACUACUCUCAGGAAUACACUCUCUCCUUCCAUCAUAUGGGUCCCCGGUAUUGAACUCAGGUUGUCAGGCUUGGUGGUUGGCACCUUUACCCCCUCAGCCAUCUUGAUGGCCCCUUCCACAGCUUUCAUACUGUAAGCAAACCCACUUAGUUUCUCAACGAUGUC